UUCUUCAGUCCACAAAACAAAAAGAAGUGGGAGAGACAACUGACAAGCAGUGCGUGUGCAUUGGUUGAAUAAUUAGAUGAUUGCGUCACGUGUACAAAUUUCAUCAAGUUAGAGAGAGGCAGACGAAGCUCCCGUGACUGCAACACAGCGUAUUUCUGUUUCUCUGUGUACAACUGAACUGAGAUCAAAUCAUGCACCCAUUACUUCCCUCAAUUUAGGACCAAAUAUAGUAUUUGCAGAUCAAUGGAUUUAGGGAAUGAGGUGCAGAAGAUUCUAAGCUGGACAUCUGUGUGUGGUAACCUUGGUCUUCAUUUGGUCUGGCUCAUCCUACACUUGAUCAUCAAUGUUUGGUACUCUGUAUUGGGCAUAGCUCGUAAAGUGGAGAAUACCCUCAUUUCUAGCGGGUUGCUAAAGAGUUACAAUGCCAUUAACAUUAGUAAAGUGCGAUACCUGGCUGUUGUGAUUGAAAGCGAAGAAGCUCGCCAAACUUCAAAAGUUCUUGAAUUAUUGCAUUGGCUUGCAUCUAUUGGUAUAAAAAGCAUCUGCCUCUAUGAUAGAGAAGGAGUGCUGAAAAAGUCCCAGGAAGCCAUUAUAGAAGGAUUGAACAAGUCCCAGGAAUCCAUCAUAGAUGGAUCGGAUCAUGGAACCUUGCCUGAGCAUGUAGAUCUGGAGUUUGUCUCUUUUGCUGAUUCAAAACCUGCCGUGGCCAAGGCAGCUAAUUUACUUUUUGUCAAGCAUUACGCCAGCACCAAACCAGGAAAACCGAAUAUUACUGAGUCUGACAUGUCUGAGGCUCUACAAGCAGCAGGUUAUGAGGGACGAGAGCCUGAUCUUUUAUUAGUUUAUGGUCCUGUGAGAUGUCACAUGGGUUUCCCAGCAUGGAGAAUCCGGUACACUGAGAUUGAACAUAUGGGGCCCCUGAAGUCCAUGAAAUUUGGUUCCCUCAUAAAAACCAUCCAUAAAUUCACAAAGGUGCAUCAAAACUAUGGCCAAUGAACACUUGAAGAUGGAGUGAUUUUUUCCUCAGUAUGAGAUUGUUAUGCUUCUCAGCAUUUACAAUAUGCAGUCAGCUUCGUCUUAUAUAUUUAUAUUAUUCCAAGAUUUCAUACAAAAUAUGUGGCGGCAAACCUUAAAUUCUAAUAACAAAUACCCCUUUGUGCACUCU